UCAGGAAAUCGCGGCAAUACUCAUCAGCUUUGACAAACACAGCGACUGGCAGUCAAAAGAGGUCAAAAUACGGCCGAAAAGUGGCUCAAUGCUGCUGUACAGCCGUAAGAAGGUCCGCUACCGACGUGAUGGCUAUUGUUGGAAAAAAAGAAAAGACGGGAAGACCACCAGAGAAGACCAUAUGAAGCUCAAGGUCCAGGGAACGGAGUGUAUCUACGGGUGCUAUGUCCACUCUGCCAUCUUACCCACAUUCCAUCGGAGGUGUUACUGGCUUCUACAGAAUCCAGAUAUAGUGUUAGUACACUACCUGAACGUGCCAUACCCAGAUGACAACAAACUGGCAACGGUAGCACCUAGUCUGGCCCUCUGGGCAGACAAGAAGGAGUGGACUAAGGAUGAGCUGGUCUGCCAACUGAAGCCAAUGUUCUUCAGCGAAGACGAUUCUGACCACAACAAUGACUUGGAAAUUUCGACCUCGGAAACCGUCGAAAUCAUCGUAACUCAGCUCAUGGAGAAGCAGAGAGCUGCCAGGGCUGCGGCUUUGGCGAGACAGCUGGAGUGCGGCUGCCCUGAUUCCACUUGCAACGAUUCAAGAAACUGUGCUCACCCCAUGCGCAGAGUUCAAGCUGCAAAACCACCACCUUCAGAUCAUCAAGUGUCAUCAACCACCGGCCCGUCUCCGAGACCCAUGUCUCACCCACCCAGGCAGUACACCAGAGACCAUAGACCUGCACAACAAUCAGCAUCUCCAUUACUUUUAUCUUUAGGCCAAAUUCAGGGUGGCGGUGGUCUCCUAAUUUUGAAUGGAACGAGCAACGGAACUCAACAAAAUUCUUCUUUGGUAUCUCCAUUAUCAGUGACGUCAUUCGUCUGUGAAGAACCCCGCGAUAGGUAUAGGCAGCAGUACAAACCCACUUUUGUUUUAAAACGGGAAAUUCCGGACAGUCAACCUACGGUAGUUCAAACCACUGAGACAAAGUUUGAAAUUGAGCCUAAAGAGGAAAAAAUAGAUGUUGAUGUAUUUGAAAGGAAAAUAAAAGUGGAGCCAAGAAGUAGUGUCAGUAGAAACCAGGUUAUCGCAAGUGCGCCGGCGACUCCAUCAAGAUAUCCAGAUUUAGUAGAAAGAUUAGAAAGUAAAGUUUUGACAGAUAACUGUGAUGAUACUUUAGUGCUGCUCGGUACAGACAGCAAUUUAGGUUCUAGUGGGUUCUUUGAUGAGACUCUUGAAUUAUCGCAUGAAGAUAUUCAAAAAACAUUGUCGGCUAAUAUGCCUACUUGUGAGCUGGAUAGGAACGGUGUGAGGCAUACUGAUACGGCUAAUGUGAUGGUGUCUGGUAUAGAUACAAUGGACUUUAUAGACAGUUGUGAAGUUGUGGCUUCGCCUGCUACAGGAGUUGAUGAUAAUGUGUUUGUGAAUCUGGACGCUUUUGAUAUGCUAGGAGACUUUCCGGAAUUGGAAGUGUUGGAUCCCAGUGGGAUGUCAUCGAAUCCAGUGACUCUUUGUGACAAGUCUCCACCAGCCGAAGAUAGUAGUGAGAAAAUGCAGACUGAGAGUAGUAGUGAGGGUACGCUGAAUAUAACGGAUUAUUCUCCGGAGUGGGCCUACCCUGAAGGUGGAGCGAAGGUUUUAGUUGCUGGCCCUUGGACAGACACGUCAGAUCAGUACACUGUACUAUUUGACAACUUCCCCGUGCCAUCGAUUUUGGUCCAAAAUGGACUUUUGAGGUGUUACUGCCCAGCUCAUGAGGCAGGAUUAGCAGCGUUGCAAGUGGCUCGGGGAGGUCGCGUUGUAUCGGACACGGUAGUUUUCGAAUACAAGCCUGGCCCAGCACCUGCGCCGUCAUCUCCCGCGUCUGCACCACUGCCAUCGCUGGAUUUGAGAAGGUUUUCGCUGCUGCAGCGCUUACAGCGGUUACAAGGUCGUUUGCAAAUGAAAAUUGAACCUGCUGAUGAAAACAGCCAGAUUGAAGAUGUUCAGCUGUAUUCCAAUCCAAAAUUUGAAGAACGUUUGGUUUCCUUCUGUCGGUCUUUGAGCAGUCGGUCUACUGGUACUUCAGAGGGAUUCACUACUGAACCGAAUGAGGAUGGCUCCACGAUAUUGCAUUUGGCUGCUGCACUAGGGUAUACCAAGUUGACUACAGUCCUGCUGAGGUGGAGGCAGGAUGACACCAGCUUAGCUUUGGAAAAAGAAGUCAAUUUGGGUGCAAGGGACAGUGAUAACUGUACUCCUUUGAUGGUGGCUAGUGCAGCCGGGCACGUGGAGACGGCCGUGGUGCUGGCGCGGUGGAGUGCGGGCACGCGGCGCGAGGCCGGCGCGCGCGCUGCCGCCGCCGCCGCGCGCCGCGCCGGACACGCGCACCUCGCGGGGCUGCUCGACAGGAUACACCCGCCCGCUAAAGAUGGAGUCUUUCUUAGGCCACACAGUUUAUCACAAAAGAGCCGUGCUGGUAGUUUGGAGAGUAACCUGGUGAAGAGGCCGUCAAUAGACUCUGGAAUCAACAUGGCCGACGCGUUUAGAUCCAGUUCUGCUAUUGACAAAUCGGAAAGCAGUUCCUCUGCCAGAUGGGAACGAAGCAUGUCGCUACCUUUAGAUUCAGAUACAUCAGAAGAUAGUCUUGGAGAUUCCAAGAUUGGCAGACGUAUGGACCUGGCUCUCUGCGAGACGGCGCCGCGGCGCGCCGCCAGCCCGCUCAUUGACGUGGAGGCGCUGUCCGACCACGACGCCGCCAGCCCGCCCGCCGCUCGCCCGCGCCCCGCAGGGGAGCAGGAUGACCGGGUGUUCACGCUGGCGGAGCAAAUCAUUGCCGCCAUGCCGGAGAGGAUAAAGAACGAAAGCACAUCUCUGCUAUCGGCGUGCGGCUUAGACAGCGGCGGGGGAAGCGGAGAAGACACACUCAUGGUGCCACUCCUGGACGAGAACACUACAUUCAACAGUGACUUCACCUUUGAGUUCUGUGACAAUACUUACAGGUACUGUGGAGGUUCGACUCCUUGUUCGUCAGGCUCCGUGUCUCCUGGAUCAGCAGCGCUGUCUCCGCCUCCUCCAUCACCUCGGUCUGCGUUGUCCCACCCACCUCUAUAUCGUGAACAACGAGAACUGUACUCCGCGGCCAUUACAAUUCAGAAGGCAUAUCGCCAGUACCGUGGCAGACAGCUGCAGCGAAGAGCCGCGGCCGCCGCGAUCACCAUACAAAACUUUUGCAUACCUAAAACAAAUGCAUGCGGCGGCGACGGUGAUACAGCGCGGGUACCGUGCCAUGCGCGCGCGCAGGAUGGCCACCACACCUAUCAAGAGGACAUACUCACAAAGGCGUCAGAAUCAGGCAGCAAGGAAGAUUCAACAGUUUAUGAGGCAGUCCAAGAUCAAACCCCGACAUCGUUGUCUAAACAUACUUUGUUGAAAAGGUUGCAGAACGCACGAGCCGAAAGCGUGAGGGGGGUCCGGCGAUCGCCGGAUGUCCGCCAAAACUCGCUGCAGCGCAUCACCAAUACACCACCCACGCCCAAUAGGAUCGUUGACUACCUAGCCCCUGAAUCACCAAUGAACGUGGACGAAGAUCUUCUACUUGAACUUCUGUUCAAAAUCUAACAACGGCAGUUAUUCUACGGACACAAUACAUUCCCAAAACGAUGUUCAAUUCCAUUGCAAUAUUAAUGGAAGGAUUUUUUUCAUCAUAAUUUUGUUACAAGUCGAAAUUUUCUGUUCAAUUUGUAUGUUGUGAUUGUUUUACAUCGAGUAUCUCUACGCGUUAACGCCGACUGCCAUUCACAUAUUCAAUGACUUUCUGACACGACGCACUUUACGAAACAGGUUUUUUAUCGGAGUUGUGAACUGAAUCAGGCCUUGUCUAUUCGAAAUGUUUUCAUUCUUUUGUAAACGUAUUACUUAAUUGUAGAAACAAAAAGUUUUGACUAAUACCUAUCACUUUCCGAUUUAGUUCUUCUUUUUAUCUUAACCACUAACGUUAUGAUUCGGAAUUACAAUUUAUUGAUGUGAUUGAAAGGAUUUUCGAUAUCGACUGUUCAUUCGUUCUCAAUCAUUUUCUUCGCAGCGCCAUCUGCGUUAUAUUAACGGAUUAUAGCAAAGCGUGUGACUCUAGGAAGUUAUUAUGUUUUUCCUUAGAAAUGACUUGUUCAGAGUUUAGAUUUCGAUUUAUUCUUUAUUUUAAACUCUUCAGGUCAUAGACAGGGUUAUAUUUAGUAUAAAUUUUAUCGUAUUUGUAUUAUAUUUUCAUAAUGUAUUUUUGAGAUAUUCGUUUAGAACAUUUAUUGGAAUCAUAUUUUUGAAAACUCUAAAUUGCAUGUAAAGUAAUUAAAACCUAGAUCACCAUACGUAUUGGCUGAACAAUUUCGUAAGAUACGAGGCAUUUCUUUCAAAAAUCUACCGAAAAUUCUUCAAAAGUUGUACGCGACAUUUCGCUUUUGACAGUUUAUGUCAAUUGCAAACGAUUUGAUGAUGAAUUUCAAUGAUAAGUUUUAGUUUGUUUGCUUUGGACUUUAGUAGAUCGAGUCAAAACUUGAAUUCUAUUCUAUGAAUAAUUUCAGCAAUGGAGUUAGUAAAAUAUGUAGGUUAAGUACAAAUUCAAAUUAUUAAAAGCCACUGUUCUUAUAAAGUAGAUGCACUUAGCGUAUAAUACAAUAAACCCGACGAGCUGUGAGUAUUUUGAGAUUUUAUCGUAUUUAAGAGAAAUAAAAGUAAUUACGCAGUUAGUUUCGGUCGAAAGUUUAAACAAUAGGUUUCAUUCCAGCCUAAAUAGUUUUAAUUCUUUUAGUCUAUGCAGUGAAGUGAAGCCUUAGAUAUCAUCGAACAUGAUCUAUCUUCGAGACUCCCUUUAGAUUAGAUCUAACGUUGUCAAGGACCUUCGACCGUUUUAUCAAACUAUCGUUUUCUAUUAGUUUUCUUCGUCUUCUUUUCAACCUAUCUCGUUGAUUUCAUGUUCCUCCUUCCCUAGUUCCUAUUCCAAUAAGUGCGGAUCCCUAAUAUGAAUUUUCAUCAAGUACCUACAUCUAUAAUUAGUUCUUUAGAUAGUGAACUUUUGUUUUUAGAUCCUCGUUAUGCUAACGCCAUACUUACCUAGCGUUCAUGAAGAAAUAAGGUUGUGCACCACUUAAAUAUAGAAAAUAAAAACCUAAAUAUUCCCUUUUUCUGAAUUCUCUGAUAUUUUAACGUAGUAAAAAUAGUAAAGUUUUAUAGUAUAAGAAAUAAUAGAAUAAUCAUAGCUUAACCAUAAGAAGACGUGCUACAGUCGAGAUAUUUUCGAUUCGUAUUUUUAUAAAGCAAAAGUUUCGAACGAAUAAGGACGCUUUGCUUGAGCAGGGCCCUGGUACUUUGUGUUAUCUUACUUACUUCAAACAACUAUCUUGUUUAACUUUCCUCGUUACAUUCUGUUGUAUUAUUUUCAUUAGAUCUAUGACUUGGUUCGUUUUGAAAAUUUUUCCUUCUCUCGACAUAAUUUUCAAACUGUUCGUACAUUCCGAUAUAUUCCUGUUUAUUUAGAUUUUGAGAGGCCCAGAGUUGAAAAAGUAGGAAAAAAAGGUUGGUGGAUUCGUAACAAAUUCAAAUAUCCGUUUAAUAUCAAGCGGUGUUUUGUUAAGAAUGUACCAACGUUUUUUCGAUUAGAAGAAAAAUAAACACGCGACGAGGAUUGAGAAAAACCGUCCAGUUGUGGCGGCUUUUGCACCCUCCGGUGGCGAACGGCAGAAGUCGCAAAUAUCGCGAGUUUGCACACAGCGUGACAUCGACGCGUAGCUCGCGAGCGCGGUCCGGCCGGGGGCGCACUAAUACAACACGUAUAUUUCAUAUUUUUGGAUCGCUAAUUUUAAGAUGUUAUAUUUAUAUAUGUAUAUGUAGUAAUGGCGGGUACGAUACCAGUAUUUCGAGAUGUAUUGCGCCAAAAGUUUUGAUGUAUUAAUUUUCCAUAAACGUUAUUCUAUCAUUUCUGUCUUAAUUUUCGAACAAAUAGUUCGUUUAGCUAGUGGUCAUGCGUAUACCUAUAUUUUUAGAUAGCGUGCACGAUUGCUUCUGGAGCGCUGAUAAUGUUAUUAAAAUGCGAAACGGUUGGAGAUAUGAAAAAAAUAAGUAAAAAAAUAUUUUUCUCUGUAACGCGGAACCUCUGAAAGCAAUAAUAUUUUUGUGGUGAAAUAAACUCCGAUUUGUAAAGAAAGUGUAUUUUAAUAUCCACGCGGUCGUCACAGUACAGUUGAAAUAUAGACGCUUCUUAGUGCCACCGAAAACUGUGUCUUUUUUACUAUCUUCCAUUUUAUUUUAUUAAAACGUGAAUAUUGUUUGGAAAAAUGCCAAAAAUUUACAAAAAAAAAUUACCAUAACAAUAAUUGUGUUAUAUAUUUUAUAUAAUAAAUGUCAAUUACAUAAAAACAGAAAAAAAAAUAAUUGAUUUUUGUAAAAAAGACUGUAAGACGAACUCUUUAAUUAAAUUAAUUAAUUUGAAGUUUUAUUUCUUUUAUUUAUGAAGGAUAACGAAAGCAAUAAACUUUUCGAAGGCAGUGAAGAAGGCACACUUGCGGCGAGGCUUAGUAAUUGACCACAGCUAAAAGAUAGUGCACUAGAAGUAGAUAUAGUUAGAUAAAUUACUAUUAUAUGAAAUAAAAAAACUUGAAAUCUAUACAUAGAAUUUAAAACUAAAAGUUUAACUAAUACUUUUUAUUAUUAUAUUAUAAGAAGCUUGUUCACACAUUUUAACUUCAUAAUAAUAUUUAGUAGGUAUUCCUAAGACUAAAAGAUAGAAAUUGUUACUAACUGAAAUUGGUACUGGAAUGAGAUAUUAGUGAGAAUAUGAUUGGAUUUCUUUUAUCUUUUAGGGUGGGCCGUAAAUAGUUGAGCUUUAUUAUGCCGUAGGCACGUUUCUUUUGACGAAAAUGUGAUAAAAAACUUGCAAAAAGCAUUGAUUUUAGCGUCUAUGAUUUUUAUGUAGUUCUAAGUUAAAUGUUUGUUGUUUAAGCAAUUUUCUUAUAGUGAACUUAUUCGCGGUAGCUUGCGUAUACUUUUUUAGAGGGGAAAUAUCUUAGUUUUAGUCAAAUCAGUCUUUUUUUUAAGAUGUUUCUAAUUUCGAAGAGAUACAAGAACUUUUUCAUAAUGAAUGGCUAAAACUAAUUUCGAUCACCUCUUUGUAAUGACGAUAAAUGAUUUUUUAAUCAAAAUGAAGCCUGCCUAAAGUAUAUUGCAUAUCACUUAGAUACUUAAUUAUAACUUGGACGUUCUCGACACUCGCGGUUGAUAUUAGUUACAUUUUGUUUCAUAAAAUGCUAGAUCACUAGAACUUCAUUUACUAUUAAUAUUUAUUAUAGUUGCUAAAUCCUUGUACUAGGGUUGUAAUGUAUUGACGUGCAACAUAGUGUGUAAUUCAAUAUGUUUUUUCUUAAACUUUAGCCAAAAGUUACGAAGAAUGAGCAGUUUAAGGCUCUUAUCUAUAAGUUUCAUUAUUACUCAAAGCAAUAGUGCCUGAUUUAGUCAAUACAGUAGUCAAAUCUGCCAUAAAUGUUUAGUUACCUAAGCCUUAGACAUUUUAUAAUAGUAAAUAAAUAAUUUAAUUUUUCAUAAAUCAUUACAAUCCUAUAUUUUUAUAGCUAGCCAUUAGAGUUAUUGCUUUACAAACAAAUUUAUAUAGAACAAGGCAUUUGAUAGCGAAUUUUAUGAUGUUAUUUAAUUUUUUAAUUAAUAUGCAAUCUUAAGCGUUGUAUGUAAGUUUUUCUUUAGCAAGUUAUUGUAAGAGAUUGUCAUGUACUGCCAGUUUCAAGGUUUCUAAAACACCAAUAAUAUGAAGGGACGUAUGAAUGACGACUGUCCGAUUGAACAACUUGGAAUCUCUGUUUUAUAGUUCAUCUUUCUUAAACAAAACAUUGAAUAUUGAAUUGUAAUAAUUGGAUUUAAAGUAAUUACGUGGAGUGUAUU